CACCCCUGGGGGCUGGCGGGCAGGAGGGUUCUGAGUGGGCGUGUGCUUCCGGGUCUCCUCCUCCUCCUCCUUGGCAGUGCGGGUCUAACUCAGCUUUGGACUUAGGGACUGCAGAAGGCAGGGAGUCGGGAGAGUGGCGUAGCUGCAGGGGACGUGCAUCUGUGAUCGUCCCCGACCCCGAGGGCCAGCCCUGUGCCCCUGGGAACCCCGCGGCCGCCGGGAGAGCCCGGGCGGGGUCCCCGCUGCGGGAGGAGGCACCGACGGCUUCGGACUUGGGAAGCCAAACCUGUCAUAUUCUGCAUGGGAGAAGUAAGGUCGGACAGUAAAAACUUUUGGUCAGAUUUGCUGGUGACACUGGUAUUUCUGACUGUGGUUGUCCCUCUGUAGAACAGGGAUCAUUGUCUUCUCGUAAUAUUUUUGCUCUUUAAAAGAUGGAACUUGUGCUGCCUCAGAUGACAAAUGCAUCUACUUGCAAGCCUUGCCUGGGUUGCUGCCCUAGAAAACAAAGGAAGUUCAGUAGAAUCCAGCAUGAAAUUUCUAGAGUCUUGUUUCAAAACUUCAUAAAGAACAAGAAAUACAUGGGCAUUUUCCAGGGAGAUUGACCUGGCCCAAAGUUGAGAGAAAGCAUAAGAUAAUGUGUGACCAGCCUGUAACUAAUACCAAGGAGGUCAAAUGGCAGAAGGUGUUGUAUAAGCGACAGCCGUUCCCUGAUAACUACGUGGACCGUCGGUUUCUGGAGGAGCUCCGCAAAAACAUUUAUGCCCGGAAAUACCAAUACUGGGCGGUGGUAUUUGAGUCCAGUGUGGUGAUACAACAGCUCUGCAGUGUCUGUGUUUUUGUGGUUAUCUGGUGGUAUAUGGACGAGGGUCUUUUGGCCCCUCAUUGGCUUUUAGCAACUGGCCUGGCGUCUUCAUUAAUUGGCUAUGUCCUGUUUGAUCUCAUUGAUGGAGGUGAAGGGCGACAGAAGAGUGGGCGGACCCGCUGGGCUGACCUGAAAAGUGCCCUUGUGUUCAUCACUUUCACUUACGGUUUUUCACCAGUGCUGAAGACCCUGACAGAGUCUGUCAGCACAGACACCAUCUACGCCAUGUCAGUUUUUAUGCUUCUAGGCCACCUCAUCUUCUUUGACUAUGGGGCCAAUGCUGCCAUCGUGUCCAGCACUCUGUCCUUGAACAUGGCUAUUUUUGCUUCUGUCUGCCUGGCCUCGCGUCUACCCCGGUCCCUGCAUGCCUUCAUCAUGGUCACGUUUGCCAUCCAGAUUUUUGCCCUGUGGCCCAUGUUGCAGAAGAAAAUGAAGGCGUGUACUCCCCGCAGCUAUGUGGGGGUCACGCUGCUUUUCGCAUUCUCAGCCUUUGGAGGGCUGCUGUCCAUCAGCGCUGUGGGAGCCAUACUCUUUGCCCUCCUGCUGGUUUCCAUCUCCUGUCUCUGCCCUUUCUACCUCAUUCGCCUGCAGCUUUUUAAGGAAAACAUUCAUGGGCCUUGGGAUGAAGCUGAAAUCAAAGAAGACCUGUCCAGGUUCCUCAGCUAAUUUUUGGGCCUUCCAUUACGUGAGGGCAGGCUGAUAGACCGGCAUCCUGCCAGCUAAUAUGCAAAGGCAGAGCUCCAUUCUGGAAGUGGGAGGCUGAUGUGAGUGAGAGAAUGGAGAUCACAAGAAAAAACAAAACAGAACAAAAAACAGUGCCAAAAGCCUGUGUGGUGAAAGUGCUUGUCCUUUCUGCUCUUUUGUGGAUGGACAAGCUUUCUGGUUUUCUCUAAUUAAAUUAUUACCUCUCUUUAAUAUUUGCAGCAACAAAUGCGACGUGGUUUCUACUUAUUAAAAAAAUAAUAUCCA